UUUCAAUGUUUUAUCCUUCUUUGUUUAGCAUCAUGUGAACAAGUUGAUGUAGGAGUGAGCUGGUACAUUCAUGACAAUCAGUUAACUGCUUCUUCUGAACUGAAUGCCAGAACACCAGCAAAGAACGGCCGACUGAACUUUGUAGCGGGAUCAUCAUGGUGCGCAUCCACAAGUGACAGCAGUCCAUAUCUACAGAUUGACUUACAGAUUCCUUAUAUCAUCUGUGCUGUAUCCACUCAGGGGAAUUCCCAGGGGAGUCAGUGGGUGGAGUCUUACACCCUACAGUCAUCUGCAAUUGGGACAACUUGGACAGACUAUAAAGAAAAUGGAAACGUUAAGGUAGUUGAGGUUAAAGGGUGUAUAUAUUAAUGGCCCGACCUGUCACUGUCUUUUUUGCAGAAAAACACGAUCUCUUCCUACCACCCUACUUAGGAUAAGACUGGUCUGACUGCAAACACAGUUCUGAUUGAUAGAAAGCUAAAACCAAUUUUGUGCUGCAUGAAGCACCUAUGAGUAACUUGCUUCUCCCCCGUGAAUGGAAUGCUAGUCUGUUCAAAGGUUACCUUCAUCGCACUUAUGUAUUGAGGUGGAAGAAUGACAAGCGUGUAAAGGAGCAAAGGUUGUUAUCUAAGGGAGAAAUGCCAUGCAGGGUGAAGCUAAUUGAAUCCAGAAGCGGGGAGUGGGGAGUGUGAGGUUGAUACCCCACUGGGUUCACAGAAAAGUCACUAAGAGCCAGGGACCAGGAAUUUCCUAGCUAUGUCCUACUAAAUACCAGUAUGACCCCUGGCUACUUUCAUAGGAAACAAAACGAAAGGAGACUGAACAAAUAGAAUUUCCUUGCUGUUCAAAUCCUUACCUAUAAUUUGCAUAUAUCUUGCAACUUGAAAUCUUAGUGACAGCCCUGGGUUUAAUACAUUGAACUUUAUCUUUACCACUUUAAGAAUUACCAUCUAAAUGAUAAGCCUUUUUUUGUUUUUGAUUUUUUUUUUCCAGACCUUCAAUGGAAACUUCGAUCAGAACACAGUAGAAAAACAGAUCUUGUUCAGUGCAUUUGUUGCCAGAUACUUGCGUUUUGUUGUUGGGUCCAAACAUGGUGGAGCAUGUUUACGAGUAGAAGUUUCUGGCGUACCUAGAAGCAGAGGUUUGAUAUAUUGCAGAAAUUGUUUAGUUCGUAAGGAAUAUAGCUUUUUACCCAGUUGUGGAACCUUCCUUCUCAUCAUUGAAAAGAUCUUUUUUCUUUUUGCGACAACAUCAGCUCUUUCUUUCUUUUGAAAAAUCUUGUUAAAAUACAGUCUUUGCAAGUAAUUCACUGUACGCCGUCCUUACUCUUUGCCACUAAAGACAUUUCACAGGAAAGGGGUCUGCAAUUUCACCCGAAAGAUUCCAUAUUGCUGAUCAUAUGUAGAUUUGCUUGAAAUCUAGUCAACAAACAGGGAUUGGUCAAAGUUGUCAAUUUUUUCUUUUAGUUAUUGUUUACGAAUGACAGAAAAAAGACAAAAGGUCACAAAGAUGUACAGUAAAUGCCAUGAAUCAACUAAAAAAGUUAUUAUUCAUGGAAUAUAACCUUCUUUACAAGAAGAAUUUGAGUUUUGCUGCUGCUGGCUUGCAGAAGAACUCAAAACUUUUCAAUAAUAGACCAGGAGAGACUUUAACUCAAACAAUUUUAUAUCUAGAACCCCAUGACUACCAGAUUAAUUUUGUAAACAUUUGAUUCAUGUCAUAAAUGUGGAAUUUUGGGGGCCAUGAUUUUGCAGAUGUCUUUCCUGUAUAAGGUCUUUAGUGGCGAGAAAUUACGAGAGAUGGCUAGUGUAUUUGCAGGCUAGUUUUUGACCAACCUGUCAAAACUAAGAGGUUAAGAUUUUGAACAGUUACCGAUCAAUACUUGCCAAGACCAUGCAUUUUUUCAUGCUGCACGGCAGACAUGUACUUUGAACAUUAACAAGUUGAUUCUGAAAGGCCUUCAAUGCUUGAUUUUCCUCUGUUUCUGAAAGGCCUUCAAUACUUGAUUUUCCUCUGUUUAAGGCUGUGCUGUAUAGUAAGAAAAAUUCUAAGGUUCCCAAUGCUCUGUUGCUGUGAAUCCCAGGGUACCCAGCAUAUGAUUUCCAUGCAAAAGCUGAAAUUCUCUAGUCGCCCAAAACCAGAAUUAAGGACCCUGAAGUGGUCUCCAGGAGCUGGGGCCGAGAGCACAGCCUGCAACCUGCUGCGUUUAUCUGUAAUUUUUGUUAUUUUACUUUUAGUUCACAGCAAUAUUGCCCUUUUCAAGCCAGCAAGUGAGUCAAGUACAUGGAGUGGUUCGAACCCUGCUAGUAAUGCAGUGGAUGGAAAUAGGAAUCCAUACAUCAGCAAGUGUACACACACUAAGUUAGACAACAAUCCUUGGUGGCGAGUAGACCUAGGGCGAGUAGAGCCUGUAGCUGAAGUGAAUAUAGUCAACAGAGUCAGAUUGGCAAUAAGAUUAGAUGGAGCUGAGAUAAGAGUGGGUAGGUAGUAAUUUUGGGAGAUGCUGUAAUUAGUUGUUUUGCCUUGUUCAAAAGUGUUCCUUGUUCAUUUUGAAAUAGUUUAAUUAAUCUGAGAUUAUUUUCCAUUUCUCAGAAGAAAAUUAUGUGAUCACUGUGUUUUGUAAAAGUGUGCUUGUAUUUAGUAUCAAUAGCAUUCAUUCGUAAAGGCUUUGAUUGCCUCCUUCCAAACCGGAUUUAAUCUUUUCCGCUAGGCUGAUAAUUUACACGUGAUUCCAAAAUAGUUAUAGUCUUACCCGAAACCGCGUUUUAGUUAGUUGGCCUUUGUCUUGCUACUGCACUCAUCACGAUACUGAAAGUUCUGGAGGAUCGGUAAAGCGGGACUGUUAUGUAAGUUUUACUGUCUAUCCAUUCAGCCUUUGUAGCAUAAUAAUUAGAUUCUGGAUUAUCGUGCGUCGUAGUUUUGAUUUUGCUCACUAUUUAGCUGUGGAAUGAUUGGAAUGCUACUGUACCCAUAUUUCAGCACGCUCAUUGGCUGAGUGCACGUCAAUUUAUCCCAAACAGUGCAGAAAGUUGAAUUUUUGUUGUCGUUGUUGUUGUUUUAAUUUUUAACUUUGCGGCCACGGUUUUAGCUAAAACCGUGGCCCCAAAGUUUUCUCACGCCUUGCGUAAAAAAUUUCACAGCUGCGCCUGUUCCUUUUCGUAAAUCCGGCCAAAGCUUCAAUGUUUGCGACCAUCAUUAUUUUUAGUCAUAUUAUGGCUUAAAUACAGGCGUUUAGUAUUCGAUUGUAAAACUCCCUGAAGAAGUCUACGUUAGUUAGACGAAACGCGUAGGAGAAUAAACAAGUUUUACAGCAACAGUUCGCAGAGUGCUGCUCACUAGUUUGGUUUUAAAAAGUUUUAAAAAUUGCAAAAAAUUAAAUUAAAUUGAUUGUCAGCCUCAGGUGAGUUAAGGGUCUGUCAGUAGAAUAAUUGACAACUUCUUUAUGUAAUCUUUUCGGUAAGGAUGAAGAAUGUGCAAACAGACGUAAAUCACAAGUGAUGUAACCAUGAAGCCAUUCUGAUUUCAGCAGAUUCUUUCACGUGGCAUUUUGAUCCAGAAACCAAGAAAGACACCACCAAAAAACAAAAGCCAAAUAACAAAUUGCAAAAUUCUUGACUGACAAUCAAACGUGAAAAAUGUCUUGAAACAAAAACACUAAGUUUUCUUUACAACUCCUUUUUUAUUUACAGUCACUGUUAAAAAAGCUUGUGUAUUUUCAACACGAGGCCAUACAUCGUCUCAAAUUUAUCUACCAAAUCACCGUACGAAACUUAAAAUAAUUAUGCACGCCGUUAAACGAGACAAAAAUAUGUAAUAACUCAAACUCACCUGAGAUGCAACUCCUGAAAGCUAGUAAGCGAGGUUCGUAUAGAAACGCUUUAGUUUUCUCUGUUAUUCUGCUGUGAAAGCCUGCAUGAAAGUUCUUACAAAAACAGCCAUCGAUGAAACCACAGUUGCGACGCUUUCCUCGACCAAAACCCAAAUAAACAAACCACAACAUUGGCGGAUCCAGGGGGGAUCGUUGAGCUGGGGAAGUAUUUAGACUUGUCUGGUUACACAUGUCUAUCCCUUUUUCAUACCAAAAAUAAUAUUAUAAGUUAUAAUUUAAGUUCCAGUCCAAUCGGCCAUUACAAGAAGACUGUUGCUAUUCCUCUUCUUGAAUUGAUUCCUCACGUAUCUAAAUGCAAGAUCGAUUUUAUGACGAAGAUCGCCACGCUCACCAUCUGCUUUGUCUCGUGCCAUCGAUUGUGGUAAAUAAGGCACUGCAGCUGGAUCGGAUAAAAGUAAAAGGCGCGCUGUUCUGGGAGAAAGACAUUCCAUCUCUGAAAUCCAUUGGAAAUGAGGUACGUAGAUGAGGGAGCUUCCAAACAACCUUUUAUUAACACUUGACGAAGGUGCUUUUCCAAACAUCUAUCGCCUUCUAGUCGUUACCUGCUCCCCAACGAUCACAAGUGGAGAAGCUGAGUUGUCGUUUUCACUGAUGAAAUGAAUCAAGACCUGCUCUAGGUCAACAAUGGAGCGAUUCUCUGAUCUCGCAGUGAUCGUCAUGCACUACUCCGAAAGAUUCGAGGUACAGUAGACGAGAUAUGCGAAGCCUUUGUAGAGGCUCAUCCAAGAACGCUCUGUCUCUGAAAACUGUCCAAUUUGACCUGUCCGAUUACGGGAGCUUGUAAUAGAACAGGUCAAAUCGGACAGUUAUAGAACCAAUGAAAACCAAGUAGCGAAUGCCACAAGCCAUUGAAGUUUGACCACAUAGCACAAGACAACCGAUCAAAAUCAAUGAAAAAAUAGUGACCAGGUAAGCUCCAAAAUUGAGAUUCUCGCAUUUUGUUACAGACAGAAUUAUUCGAAGACAGGACGUCAUGUCAUAAACCAGUCAAUCCUAUUCAGUUUUCUGUUUUGUUAGUUCAAUAACGACACAGCAGUUCAAUAAGUAGACAACAGAUCAAUAACCACACCAGUGGUUCAAUGACUACACAUCAGUUCAUUGAGCGUAAACUACAUGCAGCUGCGGGAAGAAUAGCCACAAAUACGUUAGUUAUUUUUUAAUAAGAAUGCAUAGCAUUAAGUAAGUGGUAAAUACUCAUUUAGCUAUGGUACGAGAACUAAAUAGAUAAAUAGCUAUGUUACACUGUUAUUAAGUACUAGUGAGCUCACUAAUAUAGACGGGAACAUAGACUGAUGUUAUUUAAAAUUUUAGUCCCCUCAGAAGGUCUGUCAUUCUCAUCAGGGGCACAGUGAACAGACCUGGAAAGAGAGUCAGCGCCGAAAGGGUAAAGCCAAAUUGGUCCGGAGAAAACUUCAACUAAAUAACCCGACAACGCGCGCGUUAAUAAAGCAGAAAAAAAUACAGUUAACCGUGGAUGAAAUCAAUCUUGUUUUUUGACUCUCUUUCCGCACGUUUCAAACCGUGGUACCACAGCUGGCCCUACGUGCUUGGGUUGACUACCAUCAAUCUAUGUUUAAAAUAGUUAUUUUACCGUACAAGUCCUGAACUUUCAACUUUCUUGGUUGUUUCAAACUUGAAAGGCAGCUGCUCGCUUCCUGACCAUAUUUCAAAAAUCUGCUUUCGAUAUGAUAAUGCACUGGACGAAAAAACGGAUUUACCUCUAUAGCAAAUUUGGAGCAAAUCAUCUGCAAAUGCCACAUUUGCUUAAUUUUGCUCAAUUUUGCCACAUGACAUAGGACCAACUUUGCCAUAAUUUUGCAUCAGUGGCAAAGGUGGUAAAUGCCGAAUUUGCCUCAAAUUUGCCCCGUGUGUAAAAACAAGGAUAACCUUUACUUUAUCAAGGCAUUUACAGGGGUGUCAAACUUGAUAGCAAAACUGACAUUUGUCAGGUUUUUGCCCAAAUGGGCAAAAGCGAUCGAAGAUGAAUUUUUGAAUGCUUUUGCUCUCUAUAGCAAAUUCGGUCAAAGUAGUAAUUUGCCACAUUUUUGCUCAAUGUAGCAAAAGUGACCAAAACUCAUUUUUCAACAGUUUUGCCCAGGAUAGUAAAUCUGAGCAAAAAUUCACGUUUGCCACUGUUUUGCUCAGGGUAGCAAAUUUGGCCAAAUACCACUUUUUUCUCAAGUUUGCUCAGGAUGGCAGAUAUGAUCAAAACAGUAGUUUCCCAUACUUUUCCCCAUUGUAGCAAAGUUGAUCAAAUAUCAGUUCUUCUGUAUCUUUGCUCAGGAUGGCAAAUAUUGCCAUGAUAGCAGUCUUCCAUACUUAAAGUAAGGUAAACAAAGUUGAUUACAAUAUCACUUUUUUACACUUUCACUCAAGAUAGCAAAUUUGAUCAAAACAUCAUUAUCCAGAUGUUUCUUAUUUUUUAUUUUUUUUGGGUAAAUGACUCACAAACAAUUAAGACACCAAACAAAAUUUCAAGAAUAAAAUGUCUUUAUUAUCUUUAAUAUACACUGUACAAUAAAAAGCAAGAUAAAUUAAAAGAAAGUUCCAUUGGCCUCUGCAGGGCACUGCAUGUACCACAAAAUAUAUGCCUUUAAAUAAAAAGCACAUACAAUGUGAAACUAUCUAAAUUCAUAAGUGUAUAAGAAUGUACAUUGGGUUUGAAAGUGCAAGUCAACACUAGCUGGUUCAUAAUUAUCUAAGGUUGGUACAGGUAAAACGUAACUCCAUUUGAGUGGUAUACUUCAAAUAUACUCUUUCUAGAUUCAAUUGAUACUAUUGGCAAAUGGUUGUACGAUGACAACAAGUACACAUCACUCCCAAUGUAGAUGUGACAUCCUUACUAACGGACAGAACAUCAACCACAGGAAAUAAAAUUAGCCUCAAAUUAUUAUGAUAAGCGAUAUUCCUCUAAUUAUUAUUUAUAAGAACUUGUUUUCAUCUGAUAAAUAUUAUCCACUACCCAAAAUAGGCAGUGAAUAAUAUCAUAUAGUGUACCUAGUGCUAUUCACUUACCCCAAGGGGAGAUACAUCUGUAUGAUUCAUUUUUAACCAAAUCAGUUAUAUAAAAAUAUUUCUUGUAAAUAAAAUGAGUUACUAUGCGAAAGCUCUGUGCAUUUCUAUGAUUUGGGUACGACUUUGAUAUAUUUCUACCCAGCAGUAAACACGUAUAAGGUUAAUUUUGUCACCUUUUUAGCAUGUACAUGUAUUUUAUUUUACAGAUGCUUUAUUUACUGCUAAACCACUAAAACUAGCAUGAAAUGACACCCCAAUUUUACUCUCAUCCUAUAGGUAGCCAAAAGCUUUUCAAGUUAUGAAAGCAAAUCUGCUAUCCACUGAUUUGGUUAAAUACUUGUAUUAUUAUAUGACCAUAAAUAAUUUAUUACAUUUGUUUUUUUUACUAAAAUCAAAUUAUUUGCUAAAAAUUUGAGCAAUUUUUUUCUGAUUCACAUGAUCAGCUGUUUUGCUUGCAGUAUUGGACUGAUUAAAUAUCCAAAUUAUCCAAACACAAUCUAUACACUAUGAAAGCUCUGUAGAACUUCUUUAAUUCAUCAUCAUUAUCAUUGUUAUUGGCAUGCAGGUGAUUAAAAUUUAAGCCAUGCUUAUCAAAAAACUGUUAUCACACACGGUAUUUUUUUUUGGCAUAAAACAUAACUGCACUCUUUUUUCAUAAAAUAUGCCAAGAACAAAAUAGGAUCAUGGCAUUUGGAGUCCAGUAAUUACUCUACUAUGGGGUGUAUUGGCUAGAUUUAGUCCUCGGAGUGGCACUUUUUAAGGCAGUGCUUAGGGUAGCCCUAGGAUUUGUCACCACUGCGGAAAGUGGAUGCAGAUGUAUCUCCAAUUACAUAUGUUGGGUGAAUGGACACGAUGACUGAAAAUACAGCUGCAUUUACAGGCUACUAUAUGGAAGGUUUUUAAAAUUCAGUAAAGUUGCCAAGUUACAGGGUGAUUCGGUGCAAACUAAUAAGGACAGCUCUGCAAAGAUGGCAAAUUUUGCAGACAUUUGUCUGGUAAGGGAAAGUUUGUGGCUCCACCAUACCAUACAAAGGUCAUUGAGAUUAUGUGACUUUGUGUCAACACUUUAUUUCAAAUCGGACUAAUCACAAACAGCGUAAGAACCUAGCCAAUCACAAAAUGCUGACAUACAUGCAUGUCUUUGUGAUGCAGUGGGAUUCAAACAUGAUAUUGUGCACUAAUUCUCAGACGGCAUGCUCUAUACAGAAGGUUUAGAGUGUCUGCAACACAGGCAAGAUCUUCAUUGGAUUGUGGCAAAUCACUUUGAGAUUUGGUAAUUUACCUAGUUUUAACGUGGCUCCUUCCCAUGGGUGUCAAAGGAUAUUCACUUACUAAAUUGUAGGUCUUCAUCAAAACUCAAAAAAUUGUGCAAUUGUCUACUGAGUAAAUAUGGUUCUAGGAACUUAACUGAAAAGGAACUGAAUCAUGAUGCAUGUCAACUUCAACUUGAGUGUUAUUAUUAUUUUGUACAUUUUUAUCUAAAAUGUCUUCUUCUUUUCCGAAUGUUCUUCGAAAAAUUAUCUGUGUUAUGCUUAUGAUCAAGUUCCUUUUUCUAUUGUAAGUGGUGGGUGCCAGAGCAAACUCAGGAGCAUCGUCUGGUGCUCCUUGAUUUGAUGCUGGUCUCACUGUGUGCUCUAUUACCAUUAUUUUCACUUCAUUGACUUUGACACCAUGCAACUUUGCGGUCCAACUGGGCCAUUAAACCAUUAACCUCAAUGCUCUGCCAGGAAAGUGGCCUUACACAGAGAUUUUCCCUGUUUGGGAGGUCCUCAUCUGAACCUGAAGAAUUACCUUCACGCCACUCUGAGACAGCUGUUUCAGACAAAGACUCCUCUGAUGACAUAUAUGCAAAGGACAUACAUGCAAGGUACUUGUCCUUGUCUGACUAACUGAUGCUAGUUGACUCCCUCAGAGCAUAUUGGCCUUUUAAUUUUUUGUCUGAAAGAAAAAUGACGAACCAUGAUUUAGCAGCCAACAAGUAACCCACAGUUGGUAAACAAGCAUGUACUGCUCAUACUCAGUUGAAAUGAUUGGGUUGCAGAACAAUGACACAAUGCUAAAAGCUGAAAACACUCUCUUAAUCAAAGGAACAGUUUGAGGAUAUUUGUGAGAAAAAUUUCUCCCCGCAUUUUAUUCCUACUAACUUUUUCAUUAAAUAUAUAAUAUGUUUUUUGGAACAGGUGUUAAAGUAGAGAGCAGAAAUGCCUCUUUCUGUUGAAUCUGCAUUUGUUUCAUUAAGACUCUUUUAAGUGUAAAUAAAGACUGAAAUAAAUUAAUUCCCCUGUCAUUCAAGAGCAGAACUGAUAGUGUCCCACAGGUCACCAGGCUCUAACAGAGCACAACCAUGACUCAACUGUACACAUAAACCGUAAAACCGGUCAGAACCUGAGAAACGUAACAUUAAGGCAACCCACAUGUUGCUUAGAACAAUAAUUGAUUAAUUGUGGUUAUUUGGCAUGAUAAAGCCAAAGCAUUUACUUGCAAAAUGAACUAACAAAGAUCCCUCGACAUCAUUGAGCUGUACAAAAGGUAUAAAUAAUGAGGUAUUGUUGUUUAAAAUGUGGAACAGUAAUACAGUGGUCACUUGGAAUGACACUUAUGCUUCAGGAUCUGGCAAGUGCCGUCAUUCGCAAAAUGAGCCAAAAUUAAGAUCUCACAAUAUCACUGACCCAUAUUUAUAAAGCAUAAGAGUUUUGGAUGGUACAAUUUACGAAAGAAGAAUCACUUGUCAUUUAAAUGUGGAACAAUAAUGCAGUGGUCACUCAGAAUGACACAUAGGCUUCAAGAUCUGGCAUACGCCGUCACUCGCAAAAUGAACCAAAAUUAAGAUCUCACAAUAUCACUGAACCAUAUGUGUAAACCAUAAGAGUUUUGGAUGGUACAAUUUAUGAAAGAAGAAUCACUUGUCAUUUAAAUGUGGAACAAAAUACGGUGGUCACUCAGAAUGACACAUAGGCUUCACUCGCAAAAUGAAAAAAAUGCCGUUACUCGCAAAAUGAACCAAAAUUAAGAUCUCACAAUAUCACUGAACCAUAUGUAUAAACCAAAAGAGUUUUGGAUAGUACAAUUUAUGAAAGAAGAAUCAAUUGUCAUUUAAAUGUGGAACAAUAAUACGGUGGUCACUCAGAAUGACACAUAGGCUUCAAGAUCUGGCAUAUGCCGUCACUCACAAAAUGAGCCAAAUAUAUAUCAUGAGCCAAAAUGAACCAAAAUUAAGAUCUCACAAUAUCACUGAACCAUAUGUAUAAACCAUAAGAGUUUUGGAUGGUACAAUUUAUGAAAGAAGAAUCACUUGUCAUUUAAAUGUGGAACAAUAAUAUGGUGGUCACUCAGAAGGACACAUAGGCUUCAAGAUCUGGCAAACUUGUGCCGUCACUUGCAAAAUGAACCAAAUUAAGAUUUCACAACAUCACUGAACCAUAAUUAUGUAUAGAUGUAAAACAAGAGUUUUUGACUGUAAAAAUUUCAAAAGGGAAAUCAUUUGUCAUUUGAAAUGUAGUAGAAUAUUAAAUAAUAAAUUAUAGUGAUCACUGCUUUGUCAAGUGCUGUCACCUGAAAAGUACAGUAACCCCAAAGAUCUAACAUAUUAACUCAGCUGUACAACAAGCCAAAUUUCUGAAUUAUGGACAUGCUAAGGUCACAUCACCGACUUAUAUUGGUGUAAAAGAAAUGUUUGCCUGCACAGCUCAAGAUCCGGCUACUUAAGAUUAUUCUAUUAAUGAAGACGAUGCGCAACAAAGAGUACAGUUAUUUCUGCAGUAAACAAAAAGGAAUCAAUCAAUGGCAUAUCUGUGCAUGCAUCUUAAAUUUUAAGAUUUAUCUUUGAGGUUCUAAGCUUACGCAAAGUUAUUAGAAAACCAAAGUAAGUAAACGAACCACGAUUUCAAGAAGAACAUACCUUUCUGCAAUCCAGCUGAGUUGAUGACUUGGAAACAGGCUUUAUGCGAAGAAUAUCGCAACUGAUCACUGUCUCUCGAAAAUAACAAAGGUAUAAAUCGUAAUAGAACAGCUGAAUAGAAAGACAGGCUUUCUAUUAUCCGAAAAUAACAAAACUACUCGUUUUGCAACGCUGUAUCGCUUGUGAAGUCCGCGUGAAUUUGAACUGUUCAACGAAAGUUUAUUUUACACUAUUCUAUUGGUUCAAAAGCCGCACGUGACAAUGUAAAUCAAAUCGCGCAUGUGCCAAAGUCACAUGGAAGCCUGGGCAACAAACAUGGCGGCUGCUCUUGCGACGGAGUGCAUUCAGAACUACAUUCACCCGGACGAUGAAACUCUGCAAUCUACUAUUGAAAUGACUCCUGGGUUCAAACCUUUCACAUAUUGUGCAUUUUGUUCACCCAAAUUGUAAAUGGUAACGUUUUACGUCAGGGCCUCCUAUUCCGAGACUUCUUGUGAUAUUUUUUUCCGUGCCACCGACACAAUAUCAGGAAACGCAUUCGACGCUAAACGAAAAAAAAGGGGGGAUGGCCUUACCCGAAAUAACCAGCUGCAGCAAGUAAUAUUAUAAACUUUGAGAAGAAUGUGAUGGUGAUUGAAACGGAAAAUACAAUGGAAAAUCAAAACUUGCGUGAAAUAACACUGUGAAGUUUGGUAAAUGUGCAAACGUUGGUUAAAGUGGUCGUAAAGAUAGUUCUUUGAUCAUAUUUUGCUUAAAUUUACGCCUCUAGUAACCAUAAAUUUACACAGUAACUUUGCUAUGCCAGAAAAUAUCAAGCAAACAUUCAGUUUUGACGUUCGAUUUUUACACACAGAACAAAAUGGUGGCAAACUUGAAUCUAAACACCAAAUUUACUAUGGGGAGCAAAAGUGAAACAAAAUAUCUGUAAACUUGAAAUUUACUCCACAUUUACGCCACCCUUGCAGAAAAGUAAACUUUCACUUUCGAACAAAAUUUGCACCAAGAACAAAUAAGUAGCAACAUUAGUACCCUAAAUUUACAAUAGUUUUGCUCAACUAGCAAACUUAGGCAAAUCCAUUUUUUCGUCCAGUGAUGUCUGUGCAAAUAUGAGAGAUCAUAACAAUUGCGGGCGAUGCCUCACCAAGGUACCAACAAUUUUCUUUCCUAAACGAAUUAGAAAUAAAGUUUCAAAUGCGUCUAACUCACCGCAGCUUGAAUAAAAACAACUGGUAGGAUGACUGCACUUUGUUUUCUUCACUCGAUGGCUUACAUCAUUUCAUAUCACGCGCAAUCUCUUCAAAAGUUAACCGGCAACCGCCGUGAACUUUCGCGCGCAACUUGGAGGAGUUACGUCACAGUAAUCCUAGUGUCCAAGUGAGGCCUUUUUCUCACUAGUUCGGUUUUCUUAUUCCAAAGAAGAUAUAGAAUUAAAUUACAUAAAGUUUAUGUCUGUUAAAAAUGUACAGCAUUUUUUUAGUUAACCAUUUCCAUUAUGGGCUAAGUCAAAAAAUACAUAAAUAAAUAAAUGUGAUGAAGGUGACAUACAAACACACAAACAAUUAUUUAAAUAACAAUAAUAAUGAGUUAUGACGGGGUUUUACAACCAUGAUACCCCGCCCAUAAACAUCCCUAUCUGAUUUUACAAGCAACCAAAAGGAUGCCUGUCGCACGAGUGCAAUGACCCUCUACAGCCGUGAACAAGCUGACAGGUCUGGCGCACAGCGGGCAGUUUAAGGGAAAGGGCCAGCUGUGGUACCACGGUUUGAAACGUGCGGAAAGAGAGUCAAAAAACAAGAUUGAUUUCAUCCACGGUUAACUGUAUUUUUUUCUGCUUUAUUAACGCGCGCGUUGUCGGGUUAUUUAGUUGAAGUUUUCUCCGGACCAAUUUGGCUUUACCCUUUCGGCGCUGACUCUCUUUCCAGGUCUGUUCACUGUGCCCCUGAUGAGAAUGACAGACCUUCUGAGGGGACUAAAAUUUUAAAUAACAUCAGUCUAUGUUCCCGUCUAUAUUAGUGAGCUCACUAGUACUUAAUAACAGUGUAACAUAGCUAUUUAUCUAUUUAGUUCUCGUACCAUAGCUAAAUGAGUAUUUACCACUUACUUAAUGCUAUGCAUUCUUAUUAAAAAAUAACUAACGUAUUUGUGGCUAUUCUUCCCGCAGCUGCAUGUAGUUUACGCUCAAUGAACUGAUGUGUAGUCAUUGAACCACUGGUGUGGUUAUUGAUCUGUUGUCUACUUAUUGAACUGCUGUGUCGUUAUUGAACUAACAAAACAGAAAACUGGUUCUUAAGGCUUCGGGCGCCGGUCCGUUACAAGCAUUUUCCUCCUACAUAGUUACAUUCAUGUAAAGUCAAAUUCCCACAGUUUCUGUGUGAGUGCUGACCGGAGCCAAAAUACACAUCAAUGUAAAGGUUUUGCAAAUGAGAUUGCAGCGCUCCCCUGAUCUUGAAGUGAAUGCCAAGAUCGUUUCUUUGUUACCUUUUCAACUAUUAUUGCACAUGAAUUGUGUUCAAAUACUGCAGUAAAUUUCCCUCAUAUUUUCUUUUAUUCGCUUUGCCAGGAAAUAAAACAACAAAUGGAGGAGCAGACAACAGUCUUUGUGCAGAUAACAUAAAAAUCCCAGCAGGACGUUCCAAGGCAUAUGUCUGUCGUCCCAAAGCAUAUGGCAGAUAUUUGUACAUCAGAAUACCUCGCAGGGAAUUUUUGACGGUCUGCGAGGUUCAAGUUCAUUCCUAUCUUAAAUCAGAAAGUAAGAGCGCUUUUCUUUCCUAAAGGUAUGCAUGAUGCUUGUGUGUGUAUUGUAGAUUUCAGAUUGAUCUUUGCAUUCUUGUAUGUGUAAUGAGCCGUGAAUUCACACGCGAGGCAGUUAUGAAAUUUCUACCAGCUCCAUUUUCCUGAAAUUGAUGUAAAUGUCUUCUAAGAAGCUUAAUCGAUAUCCAUUCAAAGAUUUCCAAUCUGACCAAAUACAGAGAAGAGGAUAUUCACUGCUCAUUACGCAUGCAGAAAUGCCGCUUUGAAUUUGGCACCAGUUACGGGAACGACUAACGGAUUCAUUUUUCAAAUAAUCAAUUCACUGAUAGAAUCUUGGGGGGUACGCUUGACUUGGUUUGACUGUAAAAAUCGUUUUGUAUAGUUCACAUAUAAAAAGUUUCUGUAUUUUUUUUAAUCAAUCUGUUCAUUUUGUUUCGUUCAAACGACAUAAAGUGACAAGGAAUGCACGAGCCUGGCACGGGCACUCUGCAAAAAAUCGGAAAAGUAGUUGUCACAUGAUUCGGAGUUUGACAGACAGACAGACCUCGUGGUAUCGAUUUGUGAGAUAGAUGUUAAAGAUCUAGUUUUCGGAUCGAAGCGUGUGAAUCUGUGAUCUUCUUUUGGAAUGAUUAAAGAAGAAUUAUGGUUGAAAAUUUUGGUUUGAGUACAAUUAUCUACAGAGUCGUUUAGUUAUUGUUUGCUUUCAAACAGAGGCUCUUGUUACCGCUAGUCUGUCGUACGAACGAUGGAAAGUCAAAAAGAAUUACGGCUGUAUACUGUGCACGUGCGAUAUUAAUACGGUCGUUUCUAGUAUGAGUUGUUUCGUUGAUGUUUACUUUUUGAAAGAUUUUACAUAUUUGUAUCUCGCCUUCACUUCUCAAAAGCAAGUUUCAAAAGGCCUAUGAAUAGGAGACCAGAAGCGAAAAUUUUCGCUUUUAAAGCGCGAGCUUCGUUUACGCGAAAGCGAACAAGUCUCACCCAAUGCACGGAGCCGUGAUUUUUAGAAUGAAAGGGAAGUGUACACUUUUAGAGAGAGCGCUUUAUCGACUCGAAAUUUAAAACUCGAUCCUCGAUCAUCAAAACUCGAGACUCGAUCCUCUAGACGCGAGACUCGAUCCUCGAAAGUUUCGAGAAUCGAGAAUCGAGUCUCGCGUCUCGAGGAUCGAGACGCGAGUAACUGUCAACUUAGUUUUGAGCGGUACUGUGUGAGGAAAUUCGCGCCCCUUUCUCCGCUAGUUUCUUGGUGAGUUGCCGACGUGUGCGAUCACCAAAUGACAUAAUACAAAAGACUGAAAGGACACUGACAAUACCCAAACCACAACAAGAUAGCUAACGUUCCGCCGCUGAUCAGGAGUGACGUCCUGCUCGCAUGUUCCCUCGCUUUUUUGGUUUCGACGGAGUAUUAGCUUUGGAUUGAAUUCAUACUACACUCAUUCUAAAACGGCGAUUGGGUUAAACUGGGAAGCCUCACGUCGCUGUCACGGGACGAAAAAUUGGAUUUACUGCACUUUUGACAGGACUCAAAAGUUAAGUGAAAUAUGGUAUUGGCUUUGACUUCACCUUUGACGCGCGUCAAAGAUGUCGCCAAAUAUAUAAGCUCUUUGCUUACUCCUUUGACCUCGGUAAAGGUGAAGUCAAAUUGGUAACAACUUUGACUUCUCCUUUGACGCGCGUCAAAGAUGAAGUCAAAUGAAUCAAUGCUUUGCUAUUCCUUUAACCCUUAUCAAAGUCGUUGUCAAAUAUGCUGGUAACUUUGACUUUACCUUUGACGCACGUCAAAGAUGAAGUCAAAAGUGUAGUCAGCUGUGACCACACCUUUGAUACUAGUCAAAAAUGAAGUCAAAUACGAACGCUACACUUUUACAACACUCUUGAAUGGUGCUGAAAAGUGAGAGCAAAUAUGCAAUGAAUUACGUCUACAAACACUUAUGUCGAAACUGAUAUUGAGAAAGGAAAUUAAAAAGCUGUAUUUGAAUACUGUUUUAAAGAUAUUUAUACGACAAUACCGAACACGAGCGGGUAAUCAUUGUAAUUGCUGUUUUAUAAUUAUUUUUGAAAAUGUUCUAGAAUAUGUACUUUUUCGAAGUGAUUUUUUUUUGUCUUAUCUUGAGUGGAUCAUUUUCUCCUUGAUCGAUCAAUAUACCAUGUAAUGACAGCGACGCAAAACAAUGACUCAACAAUUGGACGAUGGAAGACUGAACCCAAGCAAGACACCCUGUUUUUGGCGCGAAAUUGUCGCGGCUGCAAACUCUCUCCGCCCGCGAAAACAAACAAACUACGCAGAUCUGAAGAAAACAAAAGCUGCUUUUUUUGCGAAGCAGUCCAGCUUUUGUUAACAAAUAUUUUCACCCUUAUCUUUGAUAGAGUUUAGACCACAAACUUGUUCAAAAGGUACGUGUCAUUCUUUUCUAUGUGUUCAAGCAAUAGUUUUUCUUCAAACUUCAGAGUUGUUUUACUGUGUUAAGCUUACGGAAACCAACUCCCAACAGGCGUGUAUGUCGUGCUUGGGAACUUUUCUGAUUGUUAAAUCUGGUUCAGUAAACUAUAAAAAUUUUUCUAUAUUACAGUAGAGUUUACAUUAGAUCAAGCCCUUUUUUCUUAAUAGUGUUAGUGCAUUUCUGCAAAAGUAAUAGCUGGCUUACCAACUGUGGUUUUUCUAACAGUUAUACUUAACUACGAAAACUACUUCAGGGUAAUGAAAUAAUAUAACACUUACAUAUAUUUUUUUUUCAUGGACAGUGUACUUCAAUAAAAAUAUCUCUACCAGACUUUGAUGGGCAUAUUACUGAAGAAAGUACAUAAGCUUAUUUGAACAGGAUUCAGUGCAGUUUAUAAAACAAAGAAGUGUGGUUAUUUCAAGACUUCGGAUGUUUUACAGACGUGAGUAUCUCUUUCUAUUGAUUUUUCUGGGUUCUAUACGUAAUGGGGCUCAGGCUGCAUAAUUUUUAAAAUAUUCCAUUGAUUUUUGUGCCACCACAGUGGCAGCUAGGUAUGUUUCAACAUUUAAUAAUAAUCAUUAAAACAUACCGAGCUCUCCCUUCUUUAUUGUGACUGGACAAUAACUUUAAAAAUAGCCUGCGUAGCAAACUUUUCCGCGCGAGUUUUCUGCAAGAGACUAAGUUUGUAGAGGGCAAAAAAAGAGGACGGAGGGGCCGGGAGGGGCUAACUCGCGCAAUAACUCUAUUGGAAACGCUUGUUAUGCAGGCUAGGUAUAAUGUAAAGUGUUUCUUUAGUUUAAUUUUAAGCUUUGGGCACGGAGGGAAAUUUUCAUUGAAUUUUCCUGGACUUAAUUAAGUGAUAAUAAGGCUCGAUUCAAACGUCAAAUUUCACAAAUGACGAACUUAAUGACAAUGCAUGUACACGAAAUGUAAUAUUCCCAUUCAGAAGCAUUAGUUUCGCUACACAUUUUUAACCGGGUCUUUAAGUUUUGAUAAAGGUAAAGAGAAAGGGGAAUUUCUCCAGGAAAGAAGCGAUAGUAAAAAGGGAGUGGGGCCGAAAAAUUUAUUUGAAACACUACGACUGAAUUUUUUAUCUCAAAUUGCUAUAUUCUUUUACAAUUAUUUCACAGAUAAAAGAAACAAGGCAAAGUGAUAAGUCUCCAGUGGAACGAAACACACAACAGAGGAAGAUUGAAGUUAGAUACAUGGCGUUUGUCUUUCACUUACAUCAAGAAUCAAAAGCACUCUAGAAUGAAAAUCUUCGCAAAGAUAACAUCAAGACAGAUGGGCUCCUGAUCAAGAACAUUUCUUACUUACCAUGAUUUUUGCACUGGCUUGCGUGAAAGAAGUGUUUUAAACUAUUUUGCAGGUUGCCGUCCGUGACAACAGCGUGUAUCUGGAACAUUUAUAGUGCUUCAAAAAUUUGCGGCAGUCAUUAUGAUUGUCCACUGACAGACUGCAAUGAGUACUUUAGACAAUAAAUCGUGGAAAGGUUUUAAAAAAUCAGAAUUAUUCAGCUUUCUAAACAUCUAAUGAGGUUUUAGGACAAUAAAGUACAAGAUUAAGAACUCAGUCUUUUAUCUGUCCAUCUUUUUAAACGGUAUCCAGGUCGCAAUUGAAUUUGAUUGAAAUCUCAAGUUGGAUUCUAGCCUGUAUAUCAAGCGCUUAUGACUAGCGAAGCAAUAACGCGGCAUUCGCGCGAAGCGCGAGGCGAACGCGGAAUUCACGCGAAGCGCGAGACGAGCGAGAGGCGCGAUGCGAGGGGAGGGAAAAAACCAAACAUAUUUGGCAACACCUUUAUUAAACCUUUGACUUAAAUCUCAGACGCAUUUGACGACAACUUUGUCACACAUUUGACCUGAGGCUCAGACACAUUGGACGACACUUUUCACAAGCCUUUGACUUUAAUCACAGACAUAACUUUACCGCGCUUUUGUCACACCUUUGGCCUGAAUUUCAGACAUAUUUGACGACGCCUUUGAUAGGGGUACAAAUGCUAAUGAAAUAUACCUUUGACGCGCGUCAAAGGUAGGGGUUAAAGGCGUGACAAAAACGGCCUUUAUCGCCUGAAGACUCGCCUUUGACCGCGAGCAAAGGUAAACAUUUGUCGCGCGUCAAAGUUGUACAAAGGUGUGCAAAGGUGGCCUUUAUCGCCCGUUUGACUUCACCUUUGACGUUCGGUAAAUCCGUUUUUUCGUCCCGUGUGUAUAUAAAAGAACAGCGGUUGAUCGGAAGCGAGUAUAUAUUGAGCUUGUAAAGUGAAGUUUAUGAAUGGAUGAUUAAGCAGUCAGGAGCCAAGAUGGACGUUAAAUUUUAAGCCCACACUUCGUACCUCAAUGAGUCGUUUUUCCACAGUUCUUUUAUUGAUAAUUUUCACUGAAAUUAUGCCAAAAGAGACAAUGUCUUCACUAAAGUAACAAAAUCAAGAUAUAAAGGAUAAGAUCGACGCUCUUUCGAAGGAAAUAGCACAGCUGAAAGAGUAGCAAAAGGUUGAUGUUGACUGGGUCAUUACCUCUGGUGCUGAAGUAACCGCUGCCUCUGGAAAUAGCAAUCAUAAUUCUUCGAAUGAUGAAACCAUGUCUCGUAGUCUUUAAUAUCUGAUCGAGCAACGAAUUCGACGACCUGUCGGCCUCUUAUUAUGAUGCCGUCAAUCAUCUCAAGGCAUUAAGCCUUAAUGAGGUCAACCCUGAAGUUACACGUGUUGGCAACCCCAUUGACGAGGUUCAGGAAUCGAGCUACCAACUCAAUAAUUGGCCGGCCCGCCAGAGAAAAGCAGUGAAACCGCAUCUGAAACAAGCGCCCUGUGCGUAAAAUUAUUCCAGGAGUUGGGGGCAAAAGUGUCUCUGUCGGACAUUGACAUUGCUCAUCGCGUCCACUCGAGGCAGCAAAACGGCGCCUCGAAACUCAUCAUCUGCAAAUUCGUGAGAUGACUCGCAAAAGCAAGUGUCAUGGAAACUCGACAAAGUGCCUCUCAAGUCAACCAAUCAAACAUCGGUCUGUCUGCUGAUAGUGUUCUUGAUAGAGUCAGAAUCUUCGAUCACCUUUAAUACCUCCUAAAAACAAAUCCUGUUGUUUGAAGCGAAGAGAUGUAACGGACAGAACCAAUACCGCUUCUCCUGGGCCAAGAAUUCCACUAUUUAUUUACGAAAGAAUAAGCGUUCCCUACAAGAUAACGGACAUUGGUAGUCUACGUCGAUUUGCUUCGGAGACCUGACAUUAUGAAUUUAAAGGCUUGUGAUUUAGACCCUAUAAAGUCUUGAUUUAGACCCCAUUCCUGUUUUUAUCAUGAAUUGUCAGUUCAGUGAUAACAAAGAUUAUCAACCUUUCAAUGGACUCUGGAAUACUUCCUACUGAUCUCAAAGUGGCUAGUGUCAAACCACUGCUCAAGAAGCAAUCUUUGAGCUCGGAUGAAUUCAAGAAUUUUCGGCCAAUUUCGAAGUAGGGUUUUGUGCCUGAAGUAGUCGAGAAAUGUGUUGCCAAGCGGCUCAUUGAUUAUUUAGAUGCCAAUGGUGUCGAUGUCUUAUAUCAAUCACCGUACAGGAAACUUCACAGCACUGAGACUGCUUUAAUCCGUGUCCAUAAUGACAUCGCAAUUGCCUCAGAUCAGAAAAGAUAAGUGAUUUUGCUGCUCCUUGAUCUUUCCGCGGCAUUUGAUACUGUGGAUCACUGUAUCUUACUUUCACGCCUUUCUCGUCGAUUUGGAAUUGGUGCUAGGGCAUUGGAAUAGUUUCGAUUGUAUUUGGGUGAUCGCACUCAGUUUGUAAAUAUCAAUGGAUCUACCUCCAAGCGACGUGUUCUGAAGUUUGAUGUACUCCAAGGGUGGUUCUUGGACCUCUUUUAUUCUCAUUGUACACCUCUCCACUGAGUGAUAUCGCCUGUAAGCAUGAACUAUAAGUUUUCACUUUUAUGCGGAUGACAGGCAGCUUUAUGUAACAUUCGAGACGUCAUCCCUUAAUGAUAUGGAAUUGAGCAAGUGUAGACUGGAAGCCUGUGCACUAGAAAUUGACCCCUGUAUACUUCUGAAUAAGCUAAAAUUAAAUAAAGACAAAACUGAACUUCUUGUGAUAUCAUCUGUACACCGUGCUCGACCUCCUUUGUCAGAUAUUCAUGUUUGUGAUGAGAGAGUGCUAGCUUCAUCAAGAGCGGGAAACAUUGGAGUUCUCUUCGACGAAUCUUUGAAUAUGGUUCCUCAGGUGACAGCAAUGUGCAAAUUCGCAUUCUAUCGUCUCCGUAAAAUUAGGCUCAUUCGUAAACAUCUCACCUUUGAUGCAGCCCAGCUUCUUGUUCAAGCUCUUGUUACAUCAAAGCUUGACUACUGUAAUUCGUUACUAUAUGGUUUACCUGAGGAAGUGAUUAAACAGCUCUAACGUGUGCAGAACGCAGCUGCUCGUGUUGUUACUCUUUCGCCCAAGUUCUUUCAUAUUAAACCUGUUCUUGCGAAUCUUCACUGGCUCUCAAUUUAUCUGCGGAUUGAAUUUAAAAUACUUAUCGUUACCUGCAAGCCUCUCCAUGGACUUGCUCCUCCUUAUAUUAAAGAUCUUCUUCAAAGUUACCUGCCGGCACGGGAUCUUAGGUCUUCAAAGAAAAAUCUACUUGUCGUGCCUGCUUUUAACAUAAACAGUUAUGGCCGUCGAGCUUUUUCUGUUGCUGUGCCGCUUCUUUGGAACAGUCUUCUUCAGCAAAUUAGGGAUGCUGGAAGAACACUUUGAACACGUUGAACACUGUUCUUUUUAAAUUGAUUACGCGACUGUGGUGUUUUUAUAUCAGGUCUUAAAUUAUUUUGUCUUUAGUUUUUGUAGUUUUUAAUUUUUAAAUUUUAAAUUUUAACUGUGAUUCUAGUUUUAAAUUUUAACUUUUGCGCCUUUGGGCCCUGGGGAAAGGGCGCCUUAUAAGUGUCUCAUUAUUAUUAUUAUUAUUAUUAUUAUUAUUAGCUAUUAUCUACAAAAAAGCAAGAGAGCUACGCCACAACAAUUUAAUGGGUCAGGGCGAAAGCGUCCUUUGCAAUUUUGCGGAGCGCGCUCCCAAGCGUAAGGGGAUCGAGAACCCCGAGAAGGAGGAACUUAGAUGUUAAGGACAGGGAUCUAGAAAUAGAGAAGGUUCAAGCAGGACUUCCCUAGACUCAACAGCUAUAGAUACUUUAUUAUUGGGAUGUACAUAGAAAUUUUCAUUUUUUAGUUUGUAGACAGUUGUUUACAUUUGCUCUGUUGAAAACCACCGGACCACCAAGAAGUCUUUUUUUAAGUAUAGUUGUACUCAAUUUGUAUUUAAUUUUCAAUUUGAGAAGAGUUUAAUAAAGUAUGUUUUUUAAUUAGUAUUAAUAAUAAUAUUAUUAUUAUUAUUAUUAUUAUUAUUAUCAGUUAGAUAAGUAUCUACCAUAAUAAGUUCUAUUGAUUUGUGCUUGUGGCGAUGCUCUAUCUUUAUUCCGUGAGCUUCCUUAUUUUGGUUUUGGAUUAUAGUCAAUAUAAUAAUUGUUUUCCCCCAUUUGCGGCUAAAAAGUACCUAGAAAAACUCUCUAGCAUUUAUGACCUUAAUCUUUUCAGGCUAAACGCACUUGAAGACCCUAAUCCGGGUGAUACUCUCUAUAAUCAUCGUAUCCAUAGUCGCUACUAUUCCCCAUAUAGUUUCUACAAAUUUAGAAGACAGUGAACUUCCCUGUCGUGCCAGUGAUUCGAGCUUCUCUCUUCUACGUAAUAGCAUCAGGAGUCUUAAGCGAAACCUUGAAAACUUUCAAGUUCAUGUAUUGGACGAGUUGAAUUGUGAAUUUAGCAUUAUAGGAGUUUCAGAAACUAAAAUUUAUAAUCAGCGGUAAAAAAAUGCAUUUUAAUCCAAGCUUACCUGGAUAUGUUUUCGAAUAUGUUCCGACAUGCACACCUCUAGCCUCUCACAUUGGCAAUUUUAUUGUCAAAAAGCUUCCUUUUGAUAAAACAACAUCAUCAAACGAAAAAACGGAGGUAUCUUUUACAGAAAAAUAGGCGCCAAAGAUAACUGGAAUUUUUGACGAGAAUCAUGAGUUAUCCCUUUUGAAAGAAUGCAAACUUUUCGACCAUAGUAAAAUUACAUGAUUUUUAUCGUCUAAAAAGCCUCCUUUUUUAGAAACCAACAUUAUCAAACGAUAAAACCGAUGUCUCUUUUACAGAAAAGUAGGCUUAAAAGAUAUCUGGAAUUUUUGACCAGAAUCAUCGGUUAACCCCUUUGGAAAAAUGCCAAUUUUUCGACCAUAGUGAAAUGACAUUUUUAUCGUCCAAAAAGACUCAUUUUAAGAAAACAACAUCAUCGGACGAAGAACCUAGGUCUGUUUUACAGAAAAAAGAGGCUUGAAAGAAAUUUGGAAUAUUUAACCAGAAUCAUUGGUUAACUAUAGUAAAAUGACAUUUAUGUCGUCUAAAAAGCCUCAACAUCAUCAGGCGAUAAAAACGAGGUCUUUAAUACUGAGAAGUUGGCUUGAAAGACAUUUUGAAUUUUUGACCAGAAUCAUGAAUUAACCCCUUUGGAAAAAUGCAAAUUUUUCG